UAUAUUAUACUGAUACAUUGCUAGUGAAUAAUACGGUUGUUGAUGAUUUAGAAGGAAUCGACGCAAUCAACUUGUACAUUCUAAAUGAUGAAGACCAUGAUUUGCCAUAUGUAUUACCAAAACACCACCGAUGUUGUGCACACACAAUAAAUUUAAUAGCAACAAUGGACUUUAAAAAAGCUUUAUAUAAUCUUGCAUACAAACAACAGUCAAGAAGCACUUUUUCCAAGUCUACUGCUUUGUGGAACAAAGAAGGUUGCUCUACUAAGUCAGUUGAUUUAGUUAAACAAAAUCUUGGUGUUUAUUUAAUUACACCCAACGAGACACAUUGGAAUUCACUGUUUGAUGCAGUGGUGCUGCUUAAUAAAUUAAUUAAAAAUAAUGAACCUAAGUUUAGAAUAUUAAUAGACGAAUUGGCUAUUGGCAGAUUUGAUAGAAGUGAUAUUGAUUUCAUGUGUCAAUAUCAAACAAUUAUAUGGCCAAUUUCAAUAAGCUUGGAUUUACUCCAGGGUGAUACCAACAUGUACUUUGGUCAUCUCAUAUCUACAAUUGAAGGAUUAAUUUAUAAAUAUGAAUUAAUGACAAGUGAUCAAACAGUUUCUAAUUACCUAUAUGAAACUUCUGGUGACUGCCAUACUUAAUGGUAUGAAAACAAGAUUUGCCGAUUAUUUGAUAGACAAAUUUUUAAUUAAUGCUGCAGUCUUCCACCCACGUUUUAAAAAAUAAUGGAUUAAAAAUGAUAUAAAAUAAUUGGCCCCAGAAUAUUUAAAAAGUGUCUGUUAUGACUUACAUACUAGUGAUAAUGACAAUAAUGAUGUAGAAGGUAACCGAAUGAAUGAUAAUUUAUCUACUUUUUUUACCUGGUCACAAAAUUCCCGAGAGGAAAAAUCAACAGUUAGUGAUGAAAUAGAUAUAGAUAUUUGGGCACAUCUCCAACAAAGAAUUUAGAAUGUUUGCAUAAUUUACCCACUCUCAAAAAAUUUUCAGUUAUUUGUGAAGUACAACAUUCCACUACCUAGCAGUGCAUCAGUAGAGAGAGUUUUUAGUUUUGGUGGUGCAACAAUAACAAAAAAAAGAUCAAAUAUGAUGGAUCAGCAUUUUGAACAAAUAAUGUUCUUAAAAUGCAACACUCAAAUGUUUGAUUAAUAUAAUAUAUUAUGAAUGAUUCAGAAUUAAAUUGAUUUUUUUGUUUUGUAUUUGAAAAUUAUUUCAAAUACUUCACUAUAGAUAGUAUUUGGGUGGUAUUUUAAAUACUUUAUUUUAUAAGUAUUUGAGUAAUUACUCAAAUACUUUUUAAAAGUAUUUUUUACAACACUGAUCAGUAUACAUAAACCUAAUCUUGUCCCCAUAUAGUGUCUCUGAAACACAUUAUAGUGAUAGUCAUACAUUUUUGUCUUGGAAACAUCGAGCACACAAAAUUCUAAACAAAAUAUAGAAAAUGUGUUAGUAAAUGUUGAACAUAAAAAUGUUAAGUAUAUUUACCGAUAUAAAUAGGUUUAUCAAAUUUAAUAAUCUUGUUCUCUUGAUUGACUGCGUUAGGUUAUCAGUUAUAACUGUAAUUGGUACAGCGUUUAAAAGUGGACUUAUAAAUUAACUUCUUGUAUAGCCCUUGGUAUAGCCCAUUGUAGGUAAACAAGGGACAAAAUAAUAAUAAAAAAGAUCACAAUAUACUAUGUAAUAUUGUGUAGGUUUUUUUAUUUGUUAAAAAUCCACGAAUUUCUUUUUGAAGUCUAUAAAAUUAAUAUAGUAUUUUGUGGUUUUCAGUUCAAAUGGGUCUUCUGUUCAUUUUUAUACCAAUUUUUUAGAGCCAUGCCAGCACAUUAACAAUAUUCUUGUGGAUUUAGUUUUAGGAGACAAAAUCCGGAUAACAUAUAUGAUAAAUGUUAUUAUUUGUACGAAGAAAAGUGUCAAGCUGAAGACUGCUUAAAUAUCAUUAAAAUAUAAUGUUGGUAUCUGCUGUAUAAAAAUUAAUACUGUUUUGUAAUGGUGUUAAGUUAAUGUAUUAGAUGGUGCUGAUCCAAUACAGCUAAAUAAAAAAGUCCAAGCACUGCAAGUACUUUUAAAUUUACCAAUAGCUAAAAUGUAGAAAUAUUUUAUUUAUUGUUUAUUUACAUGUUUAUCUAAAUAAAGGUGACAAAACAGAUCAAACGGUAUGAGACAGGUAUU